CAGGCACCUUGACCUCUGACGCUAUAGCGGUCAACCUGAGCUUAUCACCAUGAAUCCCACUCAACUGCCGCCGACAGAGAAGCGUAAACGCGGCCGUCCGAAAGGGUCAAAGAAUGGACCCAAUGCGGGCACUGUGGGCCGUCCAGUUGGACGCCCCAGGAAGGAUGGAAUUUCGCGAAACACACCAGCAUCUUCACAUUCUACCUCUCAGGCUGCAGAGGCAGGGAGUCAUCAUAGUGACACCAGGCAGCCAGAACCAUGCACUCGUGACUCGGAAUUGAGCACGAGCACCAGCCCCGCACUGUCUGGACGUGAGUCAUCCCAUGCGGACUCGGAUCAAUCAUUACGUGCGCCAACGAGCACAAGUGUCAUUCAUGAUAUCCUCAAUGGAGAGUCGGACAUUGAGCCAGCUGUGAUUGAUGACUCAGAUCAGGCUGCAAGCUGCAAUAAUUCACCGAAGCAAUCCGACAACCAGCUGCUCUGUGACUAUGAUGACGACGACGAUGACGACGACUUCUUUUUCGGGGCGGAUGCAGAACUCGAGUGCAUGAUUGAUGAAUUUUCUGCCAUCGGUGACGAUGACAACAACAUUAUUCAAGAUGUUCCGACCACGGCAGCACCUGAUUCGCCAUUGCCAGAACAUGCUUCCUCGGCCAAUGGUACCAAGACCAAGGUACCGCGUGCAACCAUGCCAACAUGGCUUGCAGACAAGUAUGCAGAUGCCCGCACUCGUCUCGAUUCUGAAAUUGCAAAGACCAGGAGACCAGUGUGUUACGAGAGUGGGCAGUUCACCAUGACUGCACCUCCGCUGGUAUUUUCCCGUGUCGUCCCUUUUGAGAUUGAGCCCCGAGACUUCUACCGGCCGCGUUUUUUUGUAUGGCUGCCCCACCUCUUCCAGCACAUCCCUUGUCCAAACUGCAAGGAUGCAAACCGGCGGUCCAAGAGGGGGCAGCCAGUCAUGCUUCGUGUUCUCGGCUGGCCGCAGCAGCCACGGCGCGUUGUCGAUCUUGAGCACUUGGUGUUCAUUAUUGGACACCAAUAUUAUUGUGGGCACGAGGAGUGCAAGAAGACAUUUCAGAGCUGGUCGCCAGCAAUCUUGCAAGCCAUACCACCACCGCUAGCAGCCCUCUUCCCAUUCCACCUAACGUAUCGAAGUGGCCUGACGGACCACUUGGUUGGUGUCUUGCGAGCCUCAUUUCAGAGGGGUAUUGGGCCAUCACCUUUUGCUAAGAACAUACGAAUGAUGCCCAUUCGCUAUUAUGAGCAGUUGCACGUUCAAUACCUAGAGACCGUCCGUCAGCGCAUGCAAGCAAUGGAUAUGCCUGGAUAUGUUCCUACGCACCGAUUUUUUCGAUGUCUUUAUAACUUGCUCAUUGAACGACAUGCCGCGGAGAUGGACCAACAUAUGGCCAUGCAGUCUGCUGAAACACUCAGUCAUGACCAUAGCUUUAAGGUGACAGGCAUUCUCGGUAAAGUCAAUGGUGUGGCAACAUUUGGUGCCCUCCAUACUGCCUGCAAUGACUAUGGUGAGUGUCGCAAGAUGACACUCACGCCAACGAAGGGACAUGAUGACUGUAUGCCUGCCCUUGCCGAGAUUCCUGUGACGCUUGCGAAAUAUGGGCAUGCACCUGUCAAGAUUCUAUUCACGGACAAUGUCCGCGGCGAUAAGUCAGCCCUCGAGAGAGCAUUUCCUAGUCUUCUAUACAGUGUAAAUCCUGUUCCAAGUUCAGGAUUGGAGGAUUUAGUAGUACCUGAUGGUUGGCAUGUAUGUCGUCUUGGGACAACCUAUCAGAUCAAUAACCGAAUGAAUUGCCUCAUGGAUGAGCUACGAGUUGAUGCGGAAAAGGAGCUGCAUGUUGCAUUUGACCUGGAGUGGCCAGUAGACCGAGAGACAGGAAUAUACGGCAGAGUUUCCCUUGUAUCAUUGGCAUAUGAUAAGGCCAUCUACCUUAUUCCGAUCAGUCAAUAUGUGCAAGAUAAUGGAUUUCUGAAGCUGCCAUCAUCCCUUUUGGUAGUCUUGCGCUCGAAACGAGUCCGCAAAAUUGGUGUCCAAGUCAAAGCAGACUUAACUCGCCUAUACAAGGACUGUGGCUUUGCUGAUUCCACGAAUGAACAGCCAUUCAUUGGUGCUCUCGAACUCGGGUCAAUGGCCAAGGAUCGAAAUGUGAUGGAUCACAUGCACAUCAGCCUCGCAGACUUAACAGCACUUGUGCUUCACCGAAAUCUGCCAAAGGACGCAUCUAUUCGAGUCAGCACAAAGUGGGAUGAUCCUGUGCUGUCACCAGAGCAAGAGAAAUAUGCCGCAUUGGACGUCUAUGCAGCUUCAGCUAUUUUCGAGUCUUUCUCGGCUAUCCCUUCCUGUGGUCCAGUGACAUUGUCCACGCCAGUCGGCACCCAGGUUCAGCUCAUGUCACGAAAUGGAGGACUUGCAGUGGCAUAUGGCCACAUAGCUCGUCACCAGCCAAAACAGCUGGAUGGGGUAAAUGUAUCAAAAACUCGUAUUGUUAUCACUGUGACGUCCAUCCUUGUCCCUGCCUAUCUUGUUCGAGCAGAUCUGCGACCUAACCAUCAAGAAACCCCGAUUUCGAAUCUUGCCACUAAAUCACCCUUCCCGCUGCUAUGCUAUCAACGGGAUCUUCGAACAUGCACCAGAACCAGUGAGACAACACCGCAGAAUAGCACCACAAUACUCCCAUCAUCACCAUACGAGCCUCAUGAUUCACCUUAUCUUCAAGUUGACGAAAUCGAGGACUCGGAGCCUACAAUAGACUCGGAUGUUGGCGAGUGGUUAUCACACGACAGAGAUUCUGGUGUCCCUGAACAGUUGGCCAGUGAUGCAGAAAAGGACCUGCAUGGGCUCUCUCAGAUUGAAUCACUUGCGGAACUUGUUUCCCGUAAUGUCACCAUUGAGAGCAAUGAAGUACGUUCUCGAGUUCUUGGGGAUAUCUGGCACCUCAUGGACCAGUUUAAAAUUUCCAUUCACCAUGGCCUCCGCCAUCCUUUCAGCCAUCUUGCUGCUGUCGAAGAAGUGCUGAAAAAGAAGAAUACAUGUUUUCGCCAGAUGGUCCUUACCAACUCAGACUGGGUGUGGCAGUGCAUCAAGCGGCUGGUUCCACCUCCAGAGAUAUUGGCACCUCGUGUCACUGAAGUACUGCAGACCUAUGGCCCACUGAAGGAUGCCGUGACUGGCCAGCCUCUUUUCAAUGAUGCAUCAUGGGAGAAAGCUCGUCUAGUCAUUGAGAACAUUAAAUUAGGUUACUACUCAGAUCCCCCAGGUCACCAUUUCUACACUUUGCAGAGAACGGACAAGCUCGGUCUCAACAUCUAUCGAUGCUCACGUGGAACCGAUAAUGUCGAGGGCGGGAUUCAUCAGAACAUCAUCCGACGAUUUGGUUCAUUCAAUGCAUCACCCCAGUUGACUGUGAAUUUACUUCACGACUACACAUUAACACAUAAUCUCGAGGUUGGCACUGUGAAUCGAACAGGAAAAAUCUAUCUUGGCUCUUAUGACAUCUGGACUCACAACCGGAUUGCACUCCUUGUGGAUAUUACUGCCAGUGUGGUGCGGCCGUCAUACCAGGAGUGUGGUCAGGCGACUUGGCUCAAUGGAAAUGAUUUCGAGCCUGCGAACGAGUCAUUCGGCAUCCUACCUGUUGCUGCAGCCACUCGCACAAAACUAGGAAUGAGUCAGUAUCGAGAUGACUAUGCAAAAGGUUGUAAGAUAAAGCAUGAAUACCUGGCGAGGCACCAGCAGACUCUUGUUGCUAUUCUGCCGAUCCAUACUGUGGAGGAGAAGGCUUUGUACCGCCUACUCAUCAAGAGUGUCACAGGUCAGUUUGCAGGGCGGAAGCAGCCAAACUGGGUAGCUCUUGCACAGGAGUGGCAGCAUCAUGCAAACGGCACUCACAUAUUUUAUAAGCUUCCUGAACAACUCAAGUCAUAUUAUAAGACCUGGAAUGAGCAUCAAAAUGAGCAUAACUCAGUCGAGCAGAACAAUGGCGCUUACCUGGAGUUGCAAAAGCUUCUCGCAGCACCAGUUGGAAUGCCUGAAAUUGCACCGGCUCCACGUCAGACGGUAGCCAAACAAGUUGAUGGCCGUCAGGCAUCAGCAAGCGAGGAGCCAACUGACUGGCAGAUUAGCGUGAUGCUGGGUUGGAAUAGUUCCCGCCAGACCCUACUGCAGUUGCAGUACAGCGACCCUGCACUCCCAGGACCUCAUGGACAAAAGCAAGCCUGCAGAAGAAGAGGCAGUUGCACCUGUUAG